ACGUGCGCGUCAUUGCGCUUCUUUUCCCGUAGUCGCACGUCUCGCGAGAUGAGGCUUAUGGUAGUGCUGUGCAUGCCGGACAAGCCGUGAUGUUGGGCUUAUAAAGGGUGUUGCGGGACAUUUCACCAGCGACUGCAGGCUGUGUGUGAGAGCGGGACUGUGGGGCGGCAUACAAAGAAGAGGAAAGGGAAAGAAAGGCAGACAGAGAAGAGAGAAACUGCUGUUGGCAAAAAUGUUUGUUCUAGUAGAGAUGGUGGAUACAGUCCGGACUAAUCCUUGGCAAUUCGAGAGGAAGUUGAAUGACUCUAUAGCAGAGGAGCUCAAUAAGAAACUGGCAAACAAGGUUGUAUAUAACGUGGGUCUCUGUAUCUGCCUUUUUGACAUUACAAAAAUGGAUGACUCCUAUAUAUUUCCUGGAGAUGGUGCAUCACAUACAAAAGUGCAGUUCCGGUAUGUGGUAUUUCGUCCUUUCCUUGAUGAGAUCCUCAUGGGGAAGAUUAAAGGUUGUAGCCCAGAAGGUGUGCAUGUUUCCCUAGGCUUCUUUGAUGAUAUUGUUAUACCUCCGGAGUCCUUGCAGCAACCAGCAAAAUUUGAUGAGGCCGAACAGGUAUGGGUAUGGGAAUAUGAGACAGAGGAGGGUGCUCAUGACCUGUACAUGGAUGUGGGUGAGGAUAUCAGAUUCCGAAUGGUGGAUGAGACCUUUAUAGACACAUCUCCAACCGGACCCAGCUCAGCAGAAGCCUCCUCGUCAACGGCGGUUGCAGAGGAGACUCCUCGCAAAGAGGCACCCUACACAUUGGUGGGGUCUAUAAGUGAGCCAGGGUUGGGCCUGCUUUCCUGGUGGACCAACAACUGAUUGAAAGGAGCUGCCUUGCUUUUCCUGUCCCACAUCAUUGCUGUACAGAAAGCCAUGCCAGUCAGGAAUACACAGAGCAUCUGACAAUGAAAACAGGAGUAUUACAGAGUUAUGUCCUGUUUAAUGAGGAGAAAUAUUUACUAUCUUCCAUGAGAAUGCACUAGAUUUAAGAUAACGUUGACUAUUGGUUCCCUUUUGUUUGCCGUAUAAAUUAUACUUUCAUAUAGAGAGUUGAAUUAAAUGUUAUUUAGACACUAGGGGUGGUUAGAGUGCUUAGGUUUUUUAGCGCUAAAACUCGCAAAAUUCAAAUUAUGGUUAAGUGCAAAAAAAAACUCAAAUGUAAAACUUCGGCAUCUAAAAGCUUGCGAGUUUAUGUAGAAGCCAAUGAGAGUUGUCCUAGGCAAAGUCAAGACAUAUUUUCGAUUUGAGUUUAAGCUUUUUCUCUGAGUUUGUAAACCUACAAAUUCCUACCUACUGCCUUGAUAGUAGUAGAGUUUUUCAUGUUAAUAAAUAAGCAAACACUUGAAUUUACGAGUUUAUUCGAAUUAGAAAAAAAAACUCCAAUUCACAAACUCAGAAAUUGAUAAAUAAACCCAUAAAAGUGGGAACCCAACAGUGCAUACAUCCCACCUCCGACCUUUAGGUUUUGGUGAACUACAACUCUGUUGUCAGGUUAGCUUUAUUAAUGGUACUCAAAUUUUUUUUUCCAGCAUGCAGUUCUACACAAUUGUGAUUUAAUCUGUGUUUCAGGGAGGUGUAGAAAUUUAGACAGCAAGCAAACAGCAACCAUGACAUGAAUGGCAGUGUGCUAAGAAGCAGAUAAACAUAAGCACUUAUCACAGCAAUCUAAUAACAGAGGGUGGGUAAGGUGAUUCACUGGAUGGAUGUAAAAGAAAAUUAAAAACACUGUUAUGCCUCA